AUGAGUGCUGCACACGGCGAGAAGCAGGAGCCAGUCGCGACGCACGCUAGCGACAAAACCAGCCGCGAAGCUGAGGCAGCGACCAGCGACCUGAAGGAAGACACGACGACUGCUGUCGCUGAUCCACCCCUGCCUGAAGAAGAGGCACCACCACUCCCCGAUGAGGCCCCACCCGAUGAGACAGACGAUGGCUGGAGGUGCCAUGUGGAUCCAACGGCGCAGGCUUACUACUUCACCAACAUCAGAACCGGAGUGUCUCAGUGGGAGAAUCCGCGUGUUCCUGAGGCCACUGCACAUGCAUAUGUUCAAGGACCUGCUGCCGCGCCGACAAGCUCAGCGGCGCCUGGCACCCGCUCUCCACCUAAGCGUAAGUGGGGAGGCUAUAACCCGGCAAUACAUGGGAGCUUCGACCCCAAUGCAGAUUACGCUCGCGAGGCCGAGAGAGAGGAGGAGGAAGCGGAGGAAGCGGCCGCUGCUGCUGCUGCUGCUGCUGCCGCUGCCGGCUUGCCAAUUGCCAAUGCCGAAGGCUAUACUGCGCAAGCAAACUUCAACAAAUGGACCGGCAAGUUCCAGCAAGCUGGGGUCGGUCCGGAGAUGCACAACGAUGAGAACAAGUCCAAGCGACAAAUGAACGCCUUCUUUGACGUAGAUGCCGCUGCCAAUAGCCACAAUGGACGUAGUCUCAAGGAGGAACGCCGCGGCAAGUCAUUGACCAAAAAGGAGCUCAAGGCAUUCAAGGAAAAGCGUCACAACAAGAAAGAAGAGAAGCGCCGUGCUUGGCUACGAGAUUGAGAGCUUCGUACAUGGUAUCAAGACGGCCUAUUGUUCAGGUACCCCUGUCAUCAGUCCUCUCAAGGGCACUGGGCCGGUUUGAGCAUGUCUUUGAAUUAAGGCACGGAGCGUAUUUGACCAGCAAUUACGCCAAGGUGAAGUACAACUUUUGGCCUCGGGCAUUGGCCGCCAUCCGUGAUUGGCAACGGAUGGACAACGCAGGUCCGAUCGUAUUGCAGGCUGCGUCAUCAGCGAGGUCAUUGGGAACUCUUGGUCUGCUCCUAUCUGCAGGGUGGAUUUUGUACCUGACUGCUGCUUGGACCCUUGUUUAUUCGCGUCCUUUCGGACUGGAGCCAUGAUACAAUAGUGGCAGAAGUAAUGCUAAUGCAAUCAACCGCAAACGCGAGUCAUCCUCUCAUC